UGUUACGCCAUAUCCGGGAAAUUGCUUUUCAAAAUAAUAAAGCCCUCGAGAUUUGCAUGAAAAUAUUAAUAAUAAAAACAUAUUUACUUUGUAUUGUACGACAGAAAUAUGUUUCAGGAGGGACUAACAUAAUCAACAAUGGCAAACAUUAUAAUGUAAUUUAGAAUGAGAUUUAAAAAAAGUCAGUAUAAAUCAAGCAAGUAGCGAUUUCCAAAUUGACGUGAGUCGACGAUGGGCGUGAUGUUUAUAAAUAAAAGUGAUCAUAUACUUUUACAAACUUGAUAGUGAAAAGGAAACAGUACGUACAGUACUGCAUUGUAAUUGUAGUGACAAUAUUCAUCAAAAGAGGGCAGCAUUGCAAAAGUACAGCCUGUUUAGCUUCACCGGAAGUAAAAAAUGAGCGGAAAUGAUUUGUUAUUAUAGUUGAACAUUUAAUGUUUCCACUAGAGUCAUGGCUCUGGUUCCGUAUGUCGAAAAUGUGGUGCCAGCGCUUUCCAAACUCCAAAAUUCAUCAUCGCGUUUUCAUUUCGCCAGCCAUGAGAUCAACAUAGCCCAGGAUUGGAGGAAACUUGGAGUAGCAGCAGUUGUGUGGGAUGCGGCCGUUGUGUUGUGUAUGUACUUGGAGCUGGGUCAUGUGGAUCUCAAGGGAAAAGUGUCCAUUGAGCUGGGAGCAGGCACCGGACUAGUGGGCAUCGUUGCAGCCCUGUUAGGUGCCAAAGUGACCGUCACUGACAGAAAGUGUGCUCUGGACUUCCUUUCUUCCAAUGUCAAAUCCAACCUGCCACCUGACCUCCGGGAAUCUGUGGUGGUGUCUGAACUGUCUUGGGGCGAGGGGCUGGCCCGCUUCCCAGCUGGGGGCUUCGAUCUAGUCUUGGGAGCAGACAUUGUUUACCUGGAGGACACAUUUGUGCCGCUGAUAGAGACACUUGAGCACUUAUGUGCGGAUGCCACCGUGGUGCUGCUGGCUUGCAGGAUCCGCUAUGAACGAGAUAGCAAUUUUUUAAAUAUGCUGAAGGAGCGGUUCACCGUCGAGGAGGUUCACUAUGACAACGACAAGGACAUUCAUAUAUACAAAGCGCAGAAGCAUCUACCCAGGAGUGAUUUAUGAUUUCUUGAAAUUGAAAUAAAUGUAUUAUUUUGAAAUCCAAGCUUAUCAGAAACACUUUUAUUAACAGCUGCCGAAAUGUAACAGCUCUAACAUAAUGUAUCAUACAAGUUGGUGCAGACAUUAAGAAAAUAAAUGAAAAGCCACAUGAAAUAUAACAAAGUGUCAUUAUACAUCAUAGCUAAAAAGAAAAUAGCCUUCUCGGGCUGGGUGCACGAGCAGAAUGUUUGACCAACAACAGUCAACUACCAUGUGCAACACACCUUAUGGUGUGAUCUGAAUAUUAAAAUUACACCCCCUCCCUAAAAAAAAAAAAAAAAGAAAAACAUUUUGUGAUCAAUUACUGCUUUAAGUUGUCCUGGUGCUUCAUGUUUGAAUGUCAAAUACAUGGUGUGAAAAAUAUAUAUUUCAAAUCCAAACUAUAUACUAGCAGGUAAAUGGGAAGUCAAGUCAAAGCCAAUGCUGGGAAAAAAUGGUUUGGAUUUGCAAUAUCAUUUUUGUCACAACUUGUAUCUCUUGGAUUGUUUCAGCAAAGAAAAGUGCAUACUGUAUACAACCUCAUCUUACUAAAUGAACCUUCUUAAAUUUCCCUUUAAGCUUGACAAGUUCAAAUACAUCACAGGCCGUCUGUGACCAAGUAUCUAUUGCAUAAGUUGUAAGCAGGGCUCAUUAUUUUUGGUUUUUAUUUUAAGAAAAUAAUGACAUCAGAAAUGGUUAGAUUAAAAGCCACAAUACAAAAAGCAUUUCAUAAUACGAGGAUCACAUAUGCGCUUUGUGUCAAUUCAUCUUUCUCCCCUUUUCUCCUUCCUUUCUCACUCCAGGUCUAAAAGAAGGCCCUUGUUUAUUGCAAACAGAUUGGUGGAGCUCCAGUUUAUCUUAAAAAAAUG